AUUCGACAGGAUCAAUUGAUGUGUCUUGGAUCACUCUGAAACUACUUUUGAACAAGUUGCACCUUAACAUUGAACAAAAAAUACUUGGUGGGAGAAAAAAGCCAAAAUUGUAAAGAUGGCAGCAGGAAUGGAUGUUAGAGAUAUCUUAGAAUUAGAAGGACCAGAGCAACAGUUUAUUACAAAAGAUGCUUUGAUGAAUGACAGAAAGAAAAAGGUUGCAAAGAAAACUGAUAUGUCAUUCAAGCGACCAGAAGGAAUGCAUCGAGAAUUAUGGGGGCUUUUGUGGACAGAUAAUAAAGAUGCACCUCCAAUCAUACCAACAGAUACAAACCAAGGAUAUAAACAAAUGAAAGCUAAAAUCGGUAGUAGCAAAGUCAGACCUUGGAAAUGGAUGCCGUUCACAAAUCCAGCAAGAAAGGAUGGUGCUGUUUUUUAUCACUGGAGAAGAGUAGCAGAUGAAGGAAAAGAUUAUCCGUUUGCACGCUUUAAUAAGGCGGUAGACAUCCCUGUAUACUCUGAUCUGGAGUACCAGCAACACCUCCAUGAUGACAACUGGACAAGGCAGGAGACAGAUUUCCUGUUUGACCAAUGUAAACGUUUUGAUCUACGCUUCAUUAUUGUCCAUGAUCGCUGGGAUAGAGACAAAUUCCCGAACAGAAGUGUAGAGGACAUCAAGGAAAGAUACUACAGUAUAUGCAACACACUGACCAAGGUGAGGGCUCCACAGGGAUCAGAGCCAAAAAUCCGAGCCUUUGAUGCCGAGCAUGAGAGAAAACGAAAACUACAGCUUACCAAACUGUUUGACAGAACUCCUGAACAGGUGGAGGAAGAAGAGCAUUUGAUUGCUGAGCUGAAGAAGAUUGAAUUGAGGAAGAAAGAGCGGGAAAAGAAGACACAGGAUCUACAGAAACUGAUCACGGCAGCUGACAGUAACUUUGACGCUAGGCGGUCUGAGAAGAAACAGACAAAGAAGAAAAUACACACACCUCAUCAAAAGAUCAACCCAACAGUUUCUACACCAGAACCCAGUGGAAUCAAAUUUGCAGAUUUCAAGACCUCAGGAGUAUCAUUAAGAAGUCAGAGGAUGAAAUUACCAGCAUCAAUAGGCCAGAAAAAAUUAAAAGCAAUAGAACAAGUUCUUGAGGAACUUGGCAUAGAAUAUAGCCCAAUUCCCACAGAAGAUACAGUUACACAUUUCAAUGAAUUACGACAAGAUAUUGUCUUGCUUUAUGAACUGAAAAUAGCAUUGGCAACAUGUGAUUAUGAACUGGAGUCUCUGAAACACAGAUUUGAAACAUUAGCACCAGGAAAGCCCUUACCAGUGGAAACGUGUAUCAAAUCUGAGCCAGAAUCCUCUGUGUUGAGUGCAGAGACGACGGGAUCGAUGGUCAAUCCCAGCCUCUCCCCCGACUCCCCCUCCAAACAAAAGAAGCUUGCUGAAGCCAUAGAUGUUCUCAACGCCAACCCACCUGGAACUCCAAACAGAAAAAGGAAAGCAGCAUUAGAACUUCCAAAUAUGCUGAAGAAGAUCAAACAGAAAAUGUGAUCUUGAGUUCCUUGAAAAUUCUUUUUUUAAGAUGUGUUAGUAUUCAGAGACCUAAAAGCUUCGAGAGUAAUGUUUUCCAUUGGUAACACAUACCAGAACUGGGUAUUGUAGUGCCGAUGGACAGCUAUUGGUGCGGGAAGACUUUAUUUCAUAAUGAAUGCUUCUAUUAGGAUCAGCUAAUGCAUAAAAAUGUAUUGGAAUUGAAGAACAAAACUGAAUUGAUGUCCAGCUAUCGGAUUUGUUUAGGUUUUCAAGCUGUGCUAGACAGAGGACUAUUUACAGUGAUGUGACAUUACUACAUUUUGCUUUAGUAUGGAAUAUGAAAAAAGUGGGGUUUUUUGGCGACAUUAGUGCUAUCAAACAUCUGGCAAGUUUUCCAAUAAAAACAGAAGACUCAACAAACACUGUCAUAUGUUUCUUCCAAGUUUAAUCGAUAGCAUUUGUUUGUACAUAUAAAUAGUCAAUUGUUUAGUAUCACAGUCUGUUUAUAAAUAUAUAUUAGCAGUGCAUGAAAUAAAUAAUAUAACAAUGCAA